GUUUCUCUUAUCCUUGCUCUUUAUUCAUCCAUCCUUGUCUCUCUCAUCCACCAUCCUCUUCUCAUCUCCUGAUUGGUCUGUGUUGUGUGUUGUCCUUUUCUACUCUCAAUAAGACCACUUCUCCCUACUCUUACUUAUCAACUAUAGCCAUCCUUUUAAGAAUGGUCACUGCUACUGCUGCCACAAGUGUGCCACCCCUUUGCCAGCCUCACUUGUACCAACCAGCAAAACCAAAGGAUCAAUCUGCAUCAGCUGCAUCAGCUGCAGCAACACCUGUCCACAGAAACCAAGCUCAUCAAGCUUCACAAAUGCAACAUCAGCAGCAACAACAACAGAUCUCUACCGCUGAUGUUCUUUUCGAGACCCCAGGUCAACAAAAUAAUGACAGUAUACCAUUCUUCAAUGAUCAUAGUAUCAGUAAUGGGACUAGUAUAGAGAAUCCAUUGAUGGUGCAUGUCCAGCAGCUUCCAACGCCAAGGACCUCCUUCUCUUCUGGCGGUGCUUCCCCACCAGAGAACCUUUCGCCUAGCUCUCAUCCUAACGUAUACCACACUCUGCAGCAAACGCAGCAAUCUCGCCUCACACCAACCUCUUUGGCCUCUACUGCUUCUUCACCUUUUUCAAGUCCUGUACCCACAUUACCGAGCACAAUUGCUUCAACUCCUGUCUACGAUGACAGCCAUAUCAAUGGCUUGAGCCUUUCAGGCAAUACACCAAUAUCCUCUUUACCAAAGUCGCCAUUGUCGACUAGCCAUUUGUAUCAACCACAGUCUUAUCCAGCUUUGCGUUCGACCUCGCCUGCCUUGAGCUCAACACUGGGUCCCUCCUUGCAUGAUCCCUCGACGUCUAGCAGCAUCACACAUGGCCUCAAUGCCUCUUAUCCUACUGGAUCAAACAUCUAUCACAUGGGGGGUACCUCCAAUACGCUUGGUAGUCGUCCACCAAAUCAAACACAAUAUCUUAACGAUCAGCACCAAUUCCGGAUGCAGCAACAGGAGCAGCUUUACCUGGAUGACGAAAAAGAGCAACUAAAGAAGAAUACUCGAUCUGCGCUCAAUGGUGUAGCAACGUUUUUACCUCCAGCGUUGAAUCAAGGUCUCAGCAAGGUGGUCUAUUCUGCUCAGGAAGCCAUUUCAUCAACCAACAGUAAGCUGUCCUUGCCUUCAAGUCGCUCUUCCAUAAAUGGUUCGUCAUCAUCGACCGCAACAGGAUUGAGUAUGAAUGCUAGCUCAGUUCGAGGCGUUUUGCUCAGACUUUACAGAAGCAGCAAAUUGCCUUUGCUUUGCCUAUUAUGGUAUCUGUCCUCGGCAGUGACCAACAAUAUUGGCAAGCAGAUCAUGAACCAAUUCAGAUACCCCGUUACCCUUACAUUUGUACAGUUUGUGUUUGUGUCACUGUUCUGCUUUAUCCUUGGAUCUGUGUUCAAGAUGACAACGAUCCGUAAGCCCACGAUGGGCAUUUUGCAAAUGACCGCACCUUUAGUUGGAUUUCAGGUUGUGGGACAUAUGUUCUCCAGUGUGGCCAUUAGCCGAGUCCCACUGAGCUUUGUGCACACAAUUAAGGCGCUUUCACCAUUAUUCACGGUUAUAUUCUACCGUGUUAUUCUUGGAACGACCUAUAAUAGAGAUGUUUAUAUCUCACUUAUUCCAUUGACUGCAGGAGUAAUGCUCGCUUGUCGUCUUUCACUGGAGUUUAACAAUCUCGUUGGUUUGGUGUGUGCUCUUGCAUCUACACUCGUUUUUGUGACACAGAACGUGUUUACGAAAAAGAUCUUAUUCAGCAAUAAGGCGAAACAAGAGAAGCUUGGAGGACUUGGAAACAAGGAGGUUACCAAAGAGGAUGAUCCUGUGGAGGACAUUGGAACGAACGCUCAGAAGCUCGAUAAGAUCAACAUUCUAUUCUACUCAUCCACCAUGGCAGCCAUUUGUAUGAUCCCUAUAUGGCUCUAUGCCGAAGGCGUGGGACUUUUGUUCCCAGAGGAGACUGGUGUUAAUCAUGCUGUAUACUCAUCUAACUUUUGGGGUAUUGCCUGGUUGUUGUUCCUGAACGGUACCUCACACUUUUUCCAAAACAUCUUUGCAUUCUCGGUCCUGGCCAUAACCUCGCCCGUGACAUAUUCGAUUGCAUCAUUGGUCAAACGUAUUGUGGUGAUUGUGGCAAGUAUCAUCUAUUUCCAUCAAACACUUGGGGCGACGCAAUGGACGGGAGUGUGUCUAACAUUCUGGGGUCUGUGGCUAUACAAUUCGGCCAAAAAUUCAGCCAAAGUCCGUCCUGUAGGAGGUAUUCUGGCCAGUGCCAACGUUGGUCGGGGAGGCAGCCGUAGCUUUGGACGAGGUCUGCUGGAUACUGACAGGAAAGCAGGCUUUUUGGCUUGAACGUCGACAAGUUUAACAACAGUAUUUAAUAUUUAAGUAAUGUUUUUAAUAUAAUUUGCUUCAUAAGCGCAUUCAUACCAUUGGCAUUAUUAUUAUUAUUAUUAUUAUUAUUUUUAUUUUUAUCUUGUCUCAGUAAAGCAAGUAGAUUUUAAAAAAUAAACCCCGGCAUAGAACCUUUUUUUAAUUGGCAGGAAAGAAUAGAGCUCAGUUGGCCUCCAAUGGGGUGUGUGCGAUUGGAUGUGGCCAGGGACAGAAAGGAGGGCAAUGAUUGGGCGGGAAGUGAAGGAAGAGGCAGUGAGGCACAGCAAUUGGAUAAAAG